GCUGACCGGAAUUUAUUGAACUUUUGCGAUUUUUACCUCAAGAUUAUCUUUUAAGAACAAUCAAAUGACAUUUUUAUGACAAGAAGUUCACACAGAACAUUUGUCUUCCGCGUUUUAUCCGAUAUAGUGUAGCGAUUGCGAUUUUUUAACUACGUGGUUCUGUGUUCGCCGAUGACGAAAUUGUUAUUUCGAACUGUCUGACACACAGGACACUUGCAUUGUUUACCAAUAUUUCAUCAUACAAGUUUCAACCAGGUAGAAUAAUAACUCAAUAUGAUGAACGAAGAUGAAGUGUUGACAACUCUGAAAAUUCUCAUUAUAGGAGAAAGUGGAGUGGGAAAGUCUAGUUUACUGCUUCGAUUUACCGAUGACACAUUUGAUCCUGAACAGCCAGCCACUAUAGGUGUGGAUUUUAAAGUCAAAACAUUAUCAGUUGAAGGAAAUACUACAAAGCUUGCCAUAUGGGAUACUGCAGGACAAGAGAGAUUCCGAACACUAACACCAAGUUAUUACAGAGGAGCACAGGGUGUCAUUUUAGUGUAUGAUGUUAGCAAUCGAAAAUCAUUUCAAAAAUUAGACAUGUGGUUAAAUGAACUUGAAACCUUUUCAACCAAAUCAGACAUAGUGAAAAUGUUAGUUGGAAACAAAAUAGACAUGGAUAAAAGAGAAGUGGACAGACAAGAAGGUUUGAAAUUUGCCAGAAAACAUGCUAUGUUAUUUAUAGAGGCUAGCGCUAAGACUAAGGAAGGUGUUCAAGUGGCUUUUGAAGAAUUAGUUGAAAAGGUUAUUCAAACUCCAGGACUUUGGGAAAAUGACAGUAGAGGGGGGAUGUCACUGAAUGAUAGAGGAAAUCAAUCUGUUAGCCAAGGUUGUGGUGGAUACUGCUCACUCUUGUAGUACUUGAAUUCAUUGAUGACAUCAUACUUUACCAAGUGUGUACUAAUCGUUUUCAUAAUGACCAUGCAACUUGAUACUGGAAAUAAUAAUGCUGUGAGCUGAGUGCAAAUGAAUAUGCAUGGCAUUCAACGAAGAACAAUUGUCCGAUGCUGUAAACUGAUAUAAUUUUAUUUAUUCUGAAUUGUUGAGCAGCAAAUGACUCGUAUAUAUUUUUUAAUCACCGUGCAGACAAUAUUUAAAGAACAAAGACCUUUUGAUCUACCUCUGCGUGUCUGUCUGUGGAUGUCAGACAUGCUUGGACUGAUCAUGUUUACUGGUAUGAUAGUUAUGCUUACUAUUAAUAUAAAUAAAUUAUACAUACUAAACCUGUUUACAUCAUAAUAUAGGUACAGUUGAUACAUGGUUAUCAUGUAUGUAAAAAAAGAUAUUUACAAUCGCUGUUGUUUGUAUCUAUUAGUUUUUUUUGUUUUGUUUUUAUUAUUUUCUGAUAUUGAUAUUACCUAAGGAGGAUUGUGUGAGGAUUACUGUAAACCUCUUAAAAAGGGUGGUGGUCUGAUAUUGGUUCUAGAACGAUGUAUACAACAUGAAAAAUACAAGUUUGCUUAUACAAAAUUAAAAAAUGCGCAGUGUAGCAAUCACUGGUUAUUUGAUUCAUGAGUCAGGAAUGAAUGAAUAAAUGCCAUGAAAAUAUUUCAUUUUGAAUCUUCAAGAUAUCGAAUCACAAAGAAUUUUGUUUUGAAUUAUCAACAAAAAUUUAUAGUAGUAGAAAAAAUGCUUUUCAAUCUGCGUGUAAGUUGACAAAAGACCAAACUUUGCAAGUUUUAAAUUAUAUUAUCUAGAACAGUAUUGACAGCUUAUUUAUUAGUAGUUAAGCCAAUCUCCCAGGCAGAGUUCUAUUUCUAUGAAUAUAUCUCUGCCACCAUGCGAUUUUAUGCUUGUUGUAGAUUGUCGAUGUGUCGCGGUGGAACUACUUUCAAAGACGCCCAACAAAACAUUGCCAGGCAGGUGUUCGAUUUUCGAACCUGUCGAAAGCGUGCACGUUGUUUGUAGAUUCUGGCUGUUAUUUGAUUGAGAAGCUCAUUUUUUUACUUUCCGUAGCACAAACAUGCUUUCGUUUGUUUAUAUUUCUUCGCCUGGCAAUCGACAGGACGGUCAGUUUGAUGAACCAAGUAACACCUUAGUAACCGUUAUUCCGUGAUGAAAUUAUUUUCUUUUGUAAAUUAUAACUAUUUCACCCUUGACAGUGCGUUAUGAGCUAUUGAUACAAUAUUUUAAAACUUGUUUAUCAGUAUGAAUAAAUUAACACGAGAGCCCUGUAAUAAAAAAAUACGAGAAUAAUACACAUAGUAAAACUCUUGUGGCAUUUCACCACAAAAUGGCGGUGUGUGGUGGCAGAGAUACUUUUGGUGAUCCAACCGCAAGGGACUCUGAGAGCGAGAAUGUAGUUAAGCUUUAAAUUUUCGUUUUUAUUAUUUCCAUGUACUGUAUAUGCAUAGUGUCUUAACAGUUUCAUUUGGGGAUUGGUGUUGGUAUUUACACACACAACACUUAAAUAAAUAAAAAAACACAAGAUC